CCCUGUGCGUUACUUAUCAAAGAUAACUAGUAACUCAGUACUUUCGGAACGGUUCGGAGACCCGGUGCGCGCUCAGUCAUCGAUACGCGGCGAAGGAUUUUCGGUGAUCGAGAUCCUCUUCUUCUGGUAACGGCGGCGUGGAAGUAACGACGAUGACUCUCGGCACGAUCGAAAACUCGUGGAUAUUAUCCUGAUAACGGCGGAGGUGGAUAUUGUGAUAGCGAUAGUGCGGGUUUCGCGAUGUGACCAUUUGAUUCGACGGCUCGACGGUGAUGUAAAAGAAAGAUGGAGGAACGAUCGACUGUUCAGCACCGUGUGCUUCUGUCGCUGAUCACGUGGCUGGCGAUUUUGUCAGUCGCGAGGUGUCAAAGUGUGUGUCCUGCUAGAUGUCUGUGCUACUUUAAUCAAAUACAAAGAAGUAUCGAGUGUUCGAAGCAGGGGAUACAGACGUUUCCUGAAAAUAUCAGCGACGUUGUUGAGCACCUGGACCUGUCGAACAAUCUCUUAACCGAAAUCCCCGACGCAAUUAACCGGCUGACCGAAUUGGAGCACCUGAAUCUGGCGAAAAAUCAGCUCACUUCCCUACCGAGUAGUCUCGGGAAAUUGACAAAACUUCGAAGACUGGAUCUAUCAAGCAACGUUAUCGUAAACACGGUAGAUAUUGUCUCCAUUAGCCAGCUGCCAUCUCUAAUAGUUCUCUACAUCUCGUGGAAUCUAUUACCUGACUUGAAAGGUCUAACCAGCGAGGUGCUUCAGGCGGUGGAUGCCGGCCAUUGCCGUAUAAAGGAACUUGGCAAUAAAUCGUUGGAUGGAUUGCCAGCGCUGAUGACACUAAAUCUCGCGGGAAAUCCGUUGGAGAAUAUCCAAGCACCUGUUAGCAAAACGUUAAAAUGGUUAGACAUGUCUAAUUGUUUCUUGAAUUACCUGUAUCCAGAUACAUUCAGUGGAUUUCCGGCACUGGAGGAGCUACGAUUAGUUAAUAAUCCCAAAUUGGUGUACAGUACUCGACACGCGACUUUGCAGCAUCCAAGGCUGAAGAGAUUGGACGUAUCAAGAUGCAACCUCGACAGACCUGGUCUUCAUGGUCUCCCAUUGCUGACACACGCUCGUCUCUCUCGCAAUUCGAUUCGUAUUUUGCCGGAUCGCAUUUUCGCCAAAAAUAAGCAGCUGACGCAGUUGUAUUUGAACGCGAACAAUCUGGAACGAUUAAAUGCCAGCACUUUCGAAGGGUUAGUGAAGCUCCAGCUGCUGGAUCUAUCCGCGAAUGGUCUCGAAGAAGUCCACAGACUGGCGUUUCAGGAGAACAUAGACCUCAGGCUCCUGAAUCUCUCCUACAACACACUGCACCGAUUUCCGCAUCUUUCGUGCCUUGUCACGUCGUUGGAUUUGUCGUUCAAUAUGAUCAGUCGUUUUGAAGCGGAUUCUUUGGACGACAUGCCCAGAAUCAGAAGCCUGAACUUGAAGGACAAUCAGCUGCAAUUGUUACCGCCUCGUCUAAGAUCGCCGACGUUGAGAAUAUUAGACGUGCAGAGAAACAGACUUGUCGAACUGCACAACGAUAGCUUUAUUGGAUUACCAUCUCUGCAAAAGAUCGACUUGUCAGGAAAUCGUUUGACAGAGGCAAUGAAUCCCGACAUAUUUCAAAACAACCUUGACUUGACUAUAAUCCGUUUGGAGGAUAAUCCAUGGAGAUGCGACUGUGCACAGCUCUACGUUACUUUUGAGUAUUUAACGGAACCCCCUAUGAAAACCUCAAAAUCGAGCUUGAUCUGCCAGAGUCCGGCAAACGUAUCCGGCUAUUCGUGGGAAGCCGCAUGCUUCGAUGUUUGGAACGAUCAUUUGUAUUAUAAUAAGGACAGAACUUGGGGAAUGGUAAUGGUCAGUUUGCUCAUUUUCGUCGUUCUAUGUGGCAGUGUGGUGUCGAUCAAACACACCAUGAGGAUAAAGAGAAGAACUCUCGAGCAGAGGCAGCAGCUCGAAAGAGCAGAAGAAAGACAGAGAUUACGAGUUUUGCAGAGAAGAAAUCAACAGCUAGAAGAAGAACUGGAAGAACUAGAACGUCCAGCGGAACCCAGGAUUAAUCCGCUGGAACUGGUCAGUCCACCCACCUAUGAGGAAGCAGUAGAGAUGUCUAGACUGGUUCACUCCAUGGACGAUUUAGACGAGAUCACCGUCGAGAAUGGUACCUUGCGCGCCAUUAAUUCCGUGGAUAAUCUGCGGAUGAAGAAGAAAAGAACCAGACGGCCCAGGAAACGAACGAACAGCGAGGACGACCUGCUGAGAAGAGAGGAGCGCCGACAGCAACGUAUCCGACGAGAGAGGAGCAACUCCAGCGGCAACAUCUGCGACGCGGACCAUUCGCACAACGCGAAUCCCAGGGAUUCGAGGGCCUCCUUGGCUCAUAGAUCCAGAAGGCACAGCGCAAUAGACGACAUCGCGUCCAGCAGCAGUAAGGACAGACCAAGGCCGCAAACUCCCAGCGCGAGGAAGAGAAAGAGAAGACAGGUGAUUAGAGACGAGCACGUGACGGACGACGAGGACUCCGACGUCCAGGUGAUGGGUUCCAGCAGAUCCGUCGUUAUCAAGGAGCUUAGACGAGAACCUAGAAGUGGCUAUAGAAACUCAUUCGUAGGACGCGAAUCCUGAGUUCAUUUCUAAGCUCUAACUAAAUAUUUCGAGCGUACGAUGAAACGCUAUUUGAUAUUUUUAAUAAAAAUAUGGUGAAAGAGAA